GAGGAGCCUGUCCAACUCGGCCGUUUUGCCAACCACAUCGGUUGCUUGUGUGUUCUUUAUGGUGACUGAGCUGCAUGAUGCAAUGUCAUGCAUGCGGCAAAUGACCCGGGAUCUUGCGGCAGGAUGCAAGUUUCAGAGUAUUAACAAACAAUGCCCUAUUAUGUAUUGUCAGAAGUGUCUCUUGAACAGAUAUUGCGAGACGGCUGAAGAAGUAGCUAGUUUGGAGCAAUGGACUUGCCCCGAAUGCAGGGGCAGCUUUGGCAUGAAAAAGGAGGUGACAAACCCGCUGGUAUCCUCACCAAUGAAGCAAAAGCUAGAAGAUCUUCCUCUGUAUCUGAAAUGCUACUUAGAACGACGCCCUGCAAGCAAAUUUGCUGCAAGAAAGGCAGCUUCUUCGAAUUGCAUGCAUGAUUUCCUAUUUUUUCACAUGGACUGCCACGUGCACCAAAAGUUAUUUCUCUUGUUAAUGACGUGGCAUAGUCCUUCAAAAAACGCAUGA